AUGAUCUACGACGAAAACCUAGCGAUCGGUUCGCGGGUCGUAUUGAAAGUGACGUCCGUUCAGAAUCCCUGUUCUUUCUAUGCUGUCCUCCCCUUCGGCUCGAAGCACACCUCAGCCAAUGAACUCAAUGAUCACGACUAUCCACAGGUCAACAGUUUGACCGAAAUGUGCAAUCGAUUGAAGACAUAUUACGGUCAGAGAAAGUGUAAAGAGAACUCGAGUUUACAGCACGGAAUCGGCAGUUUAGUCGCCUAUAAGGACGACAAAACCGGUCACUACUAUAGGGCACGAGUGAUCGACGAAGACUUAGACAAAACGAGUUGCACUCUAUUUAGCGUUGAUUUGGGAAUUAAAUGUGAAGUGAGAAGAAAUGUAAUCCACAAAUUGGAGUCAUUCUUCUGCGAUAUGUCUGCACUCACUAUCCAUUGUUCACUAAUUGAUUGCCAACCAUUCAAGUCAGACGUCUGGAGCAAACAAACCAUUGAAACAUUUGAGAAGUGGACUAUCAAUAAAUAUCUUUACGCGCAUAUUAUGUACGGGUAA